CGCCCCACCUCUCCAGAGCCCGGCUAGUAGCCAGCGAGGACGCGCGUCGCCUUCCCGCCCUCCGUCCAGGAGAGCCCAGCCUGAGCCGGCACCUGCUUCACCACCAUGUUCAAGGGGCUGAGCAAAGGCUCCCAGGGGAAGGGGUCCCCCAAGGGCUCCCCAGCCAAGGGGUCCCCUAAGGGCUCCCCCAACAAGCACAAUCGGGCUGCAACCCAGGAGCUGGCCCUGCUCAUCUCCCGCAUGCAAGCCAACGCUGACCAGGUGGAGAGGGACAUUUUGGAGACUCAGAAGAAACUGCAGCAAGACCGGCAGAAUGGUGAGCAGAACCAGGCUUUGCAGCACCAGCAGGAGACUGGCCGCAACCUGAAGGAGGCUGAGGUGCUGCUCAAAGAUCUUUUCCUGGACGUAGACAAGGCUCGGCGGCUCAAGCACCCACAGGCUGAGGAGAUUGAGAAGGACAUCAAGCAGCUACAUGAGCGGGUGACCCAGGAGUGUGCAGAGUACCGCGCCCUGUAUGAGAAGAUGGUGUUGCUCGCCGGAUGUGGCCCAGGGGUCGACUGGGCGCGGGUGUUGGAGCAGAAACAGAAGCUGGUCUGUGAAGGUCAGUAUGGGCCUGGGAUGGCAGAGCUGGAGCAGCAGGUAGCUGAGCACAACAUCCUGCAGAGAGAGAUCGAGGCUUACGGGCAGCAGCUGCGGACCCUGGUGGGACCCGAUGCAACCACCAUCAGGAACCAAUACCGUGACCUACUGAAGGCGGCCUCGUGGCGCCGGCAGAGUCUGGGCAGCUUGUACACACACCUGCAGGGCUGCACUCGGCAGCUGAAUGCUCUGGCAGAGCAGCAAGGCCGCAUCCUGCAGCAGGAUUGGAAUGACCUCAUGCCUGACCCCACCGGUGUGAGGCGAGAAUAUGAGCACUUCAAGCAGCAUGAAUUGCUGGCCCAGGAGCAGAAUAUAAACCAGCUGGAGGAUGACGCAGAGCGCAUGGUGGAGCUUGGGCACCCAGCCAUUGGGCCCAUCCAGGUCCACCAAGAGGCCCUCAAAAUGGAGUGGCAGAAUUUCCUGAACCUCUGCAUCUGCCAGGAGAACCAGCUGCAGCAUGUGGAGGAUUACCGCAGGUUCCAGGAAGAGGCGGACUCAGUCAGCCAGACCCUGGCAAAGCUCAACUCCAACCUGGACACCAAGUACGGCCUUGUCCCUGGGGACUCCUCUGGCUCCCCCACGGAGCUCCUGCUACAGCUGGAGGCCGAGGAGAAGCAGCUGGCCAUGGCAGAGCGGACUGUUGGGGAGCUGCAGCAGCAAAGCCGGAAGGUGGCCCCACUGCCGCAGCGUAGGAACCCCCCCCAACAGCCCCUGCAAGUGGACAGCAUCUGUGACUGGGACUCAGGAGAAGUACAGCUGCUCCGGGGAGAGCAGUACACCCUCAAGGACAACGCUGACCCGUAUACGUGGGUGGUUCAGGGCCCUGGAGGAGAGACCAAGAGCGCCCCAGCUGCCUGCCUCUGUAUCCCAGCACCAGACCCUGAAGCUGUAGCCAAGGCCUCCAGGCUGGCCAUGGAGCUGCAGACCCUGAAGCAGAAGCUGUCUACAGUGAAGAGCCACCUUAAGGCCACUGUGGGAGAGCCUUUACAGCCUGGCCAGCAGGGUACCAGAGGAUGGCCAGGGAGGGGGCCGAUGGGAGGGCCACAAUGAGCAGCAAGCACCUCACCGGCACUUCUGCCCCCAGCUCCUGCAGGCUCAGCCCCAGCUGACCCACAGGCUCAGAAGCUCCUGACACAGAUGACCCAGCUGGAUGGGGAUCUGGGCCAGAUAGAGAGGCAGGUGCUGACCUGGGCUCGGACACCACUGAACCGUUCUGCUCCGCUGACGGACCUAGAGGACCGCAUCCAUAGUCAUGAGGGCACAGCACAGCACCUUCGGAGCCUGGGAGCAGAGAAGGAGGCAGCGCAGCAGGAGUGUGAGGCCUUUCUGUCUACUAAGCCUGUGGGCCCAGCCGCCCUGCAGCUGCCUGUGAUCCUCAACAAUGUCAAGAAUAAGUAUAAUGACGUGCAGCGUCUGUGUCACCUCUAUGGGGAGAAAGCCAGAGCUGCUCUGGGCCUGGAGCAGCAGAUCCAGGAGGCAGACAAGGUCAUUCGGGGCUUUGAGGCUGCCCUGGCCCAGGAGGGGCCCAUCCCGGAAGGCUCUGGGGCGCUGCAGGAGAGGGUCAACGAGCUGCAGCACCAGCGGAAAGAGCUCCUCCAGCAGCAGGCCUGUGUGCUGGGGCUGCACCGCCAGCUGAAGGCUGCUGAGCAUGCAUGCAGUGCGCUGCAGAACAAUUUCCAAGAGUUCUGCCAAGACCUGCCUCGCCAGCAGCGCCAGGUGCGUGUCCUCACAGACCGCUACCACGCCGUAGGGGACCAGCUGGAUCUGAGGGAGAAGACACUACAAGAUGCCAGGCUCACCUACCAGCAAUUCACAAAUAUCAGGGACAACCUGAGCUCCUGGCUGGAGCAGCUGCCCCACAACCAGGUGCAGCCCAGUGAUGGGCCCAGCCAGAUUGCCUACAAGCUGGAAGCCCAGAAGAGGCUGAUGCAAGAGAUCCUGGGGCGUGAGCAGGACCGGGCCACAGUGUCCCGCCUCACCCAGGACCUGCAGGAAGCUCUUCAGGACUACGAGCUGCAAGCAGAUACCUACCGCUGCUCCUUGGAGCCCACCCUGGCAGUACCAGCUCCUAAGAGACUCCGAGUGAUUUCCCUGCAGGAGAGCAUCCAGGCUCAGGAGAAGAACCUUGCCAAGGCUUACACGGAGGUCACUGCAGCCCAGCAGCAGCAGCUGUACCAGCUGGAGUUUGCUAAAAAGAUGCUGGAGAAGGAGCUUAGUGAAGACAUCCAAGUGACACACACAGCAAGACAGGGAUCUGGGAGCCCAGCCCAAGCAGGGGCAGAGUCAGAGGUCCUCAAGUCCCAGCUUCAGAAAGAGAGGAAGCGGGUGGCUGAGGUACAGCGUGAGCUGGAGGAAAAGAGGCAGCAGCUGCUGCAGCUGAGGACCCAGCAGCCUGUGGCGAGGCUGGAGGAGAAGGAAGUGGUGGAGUUCUACCGGGACCCCCAGCUGGAACGUGAUGUGGCUACAAUGUCAACCCGGAUGGAGGAGGAGGCCAAGAGGCGGGCCCGCCUGCAGGCUGAGCUGGAGGUGGUGGCCCAAAAGGUCGUCCACUUGGAGGGCAAGAGGAGGACCACGCAGCCUCACCUGCUGACCAAAGAGGUCACUCAAAUUGAGAGAGACCCUGGCCUCGACAGCCAGGCCACCCAGCUGCAAGAUGAGCGGCAACGGCUGCGUGGGGAGAACAGCAUCCUCACGGUCCGGCUGGAAGAACUGAAGGCUGAGCUGCUGGCCCUGGAGCAGAAGGAGAUGGACGUGAAGGAGAGGGUUGUGGUGAAGGAGGUGGUUAAGGUGGAGAAGGAUCUGGAAAUGGUUAAGGCGGUCCAGACUCUAAGGCUACAGAUUGAGGAGGAUGCUGCUCGGAGGAAGGGGGUGAAGGAGGCAGUUGCCAAGAUACAGGUUCGUAUCAAAGACCUGGAGCAGGUGAUCAGCUCGGUGGAGCCCAAGGUCAUUGUGAAGGAGAUAAAGAGGGUGGAGCAGGCCCCUGGCCUUCUCAAGGAAGCCGCCAGGCUGAGGAGCCUCCUGGAGGAGGAGAAGAACAAGAAUGUCGCGCUGGCCAGGGAACUGCAAGAGCUGCAGGACAAGCACAGGGUGGUGGAGAAGCAGAAGCCUAAGGUACAGCUCCAGGAGCGUGUCAACGAGAUCUUCCAGGUGCACCCUGAGACGGAGUGUGAGAUCGCACGGCUCCAGGCCCAGCUGCAGGAGACAGGCCACAAGAGGAGCGGCAUGGAGCAGGAGGUGGAGAAACUCCUGCCUGAGCUGGAGGUCCUGCGGGCUCAGAAGCCCGUGGUGGAAUACAAGGAAGUGACUCAGGAGGUGGUGAGGCACGAGAGGAGCCCGGAGGUGCUCCGUGAGAUCGACCGCCUCAAGGCUCAGCUCAAUGAGCUGGUCAACACCAACGGGCGCUGCCAGGAGCAGCUCAUCCGGCUGCAGGGGGAACGUGAUGAGUGGAAGCGGGAACGGUCCAAGGUGGAGACCAAGAUGGUGAGCAGAGAAGUCGUGCGGCACGAGAAGGAUCCGGUGCUGGAGAAAGAGGCUGAGAGGCUCCGGCAGGAGGUGCGGGAGGCGGUCCAGAAGAGGCGAGCAGCCGAGGAUGUGGUCUAUGAGCUACAGAACAAGUACCUGCUGCUGGAGAGGAGGCGGCCCGAAGAGCAGAUUGUAGUGCAGGAGGUGGUGGUCACCCAGAAGGACCCGAAGCUGCAUGAGGAGCACAGUCGGCUGAGCCGGAGCUUGGAUGAGGAGGUGGGGCGGCGGCGGCAACUGGAGCUGGAGGUGCGGCAGCUGAGUGCCAGUGUAGAGGAGAAGGAGGCCCUGCUCAGCUUUGAGGAGGACCGCAGCAAGAAGCUGGCUGCCGAGAAGGAGCUUCGGCAAUUGACCCUGAAGAUCCAGGAGCUGGAGAAGCGGCCUCCUGCCCGGCAGGAGAAGAUCAUCAUGGAGGAAGUGGUCAAGUUAGAGAAGGACCCGGAUCUGGAGAGGUCUACAGAAGCCCUGAGGCGGGAGCUGGACCAGGAGAAGAGCCGAGUGAUGGAGCUGCAUCGGGAGUGCCAGGGCCUGCAGGUCCAGGUUGACCUCCUCCAGAAAACUAAAUCACAGGAGAAGACCAUCUAUAAGGAAGUGAUCAGGGUGGAGAAGGAUCCGGUGCUGGAGGGCGAGAGAGCCCGAGCGUGGGAGACCCUCAAUCGGGAGCGUGCAGCCCGCCAGGCCCGGGAGGAGGAGGUCCGGAGCUUGCGGGAGCGGAUUGACCGGGCUGAGGCUCUGAGGAGAUCCUGGUCCCGUGAGGAGGCUGAACUCCAGAAGGCCCGGGACCAGGCAAGCCAGGAGUGUGGGCGGCUGCAGCAAGAGCUUCGAGGGCUGGAGCGGCAGAAGCAGCAGAAAGCCCAGCAGCUGCAGGAAGAGGGGCGGCUCCUGAGCCAGAAGACGGAGAGCGAGCGUCAGAAGGCGGCCCAGCGUGGCCAGGCCCUCUCGCAGCUGGAGGCAGCCAUUCUCCAUGAGAAGGACAAGAUCUAUGAGAAGGAGAGGACCCUCAGGGACCUGCACACCAAGGUGAGCCUGGAGGAGCUCAACCAGGAAACCCAGACCCGGGAGACCAACCUUUCCACUAGGAUCUGCAUCUUGGAACCGGAGACUGGGAAUGACAUGUCCCCGUACGAGGCCUACAAGAGGGGCAUCAUCGACCGAGGCCAGUACCUCCAGCUGCAGGAGCUGGAGUGUGACUGGGAAGAAGUCACCACCUCCAGCCCCUGUGGGGAGGAGUCUGUGCUCUUGGACCGCAAGAGUGGAAAGCAAUACUCCAUUGAGGCUGCCCUCCGCUGCCGCCGCAUUUCCAAAGAGGAGUACCACAGGUACAAGGACGGCCGCCUCCCCAUCUCCGAGUUUGCCCUGCUGGUGGCUGGGGAGACCAAGCCCUGUUCCUCACUCUCCAUUGGGUCCAUCAUCUCCAAGUCCCCACUCUGCUCCCCAGGCCCCCAGAGUACCACUCUCUUCUCCCCAGGCCUCUCUUUUGGGCUCACUGAAGAUUGCUUCCCCAUCGCCGGGGUGUACGACACAACCACAGAGAGGAAGUGCAGCAUCCAGGCCGCCGUGGCCAAGAACAUGCUGGACCCCAUCACUGGGCAGAAGCUGUUGGAGGCCCAGGCAGCCACAGGGGGCAUCGUGGACCUUCUCAGCCGAGAGCGAUACUCCGUGCACAAGGCGGUGGAGCGGGGACUCAUUGAGAACACCUCCACGCAACGGCUACUCAAUGCUCAGAAGGCCUUCACUGGCAUUGAGGACCCGGUCACCAAGAAGAGGUUGUCAGUAGGUGAGGCCAUCCAGAAGGGGUGGAUGCCCCAGGAAAGCGUGCUUCCCCACCUGCUGGUGCAGCACCUGACCGGGGGCCUCAUUGACCCCAAGAGGACGGGGCGCAUCCCUGUGCCUCAGGCUGUGCUCUGCGGGAUGGUCAGUGAAGACCUGGGCCAGCUCCUGCAAGAUGAGUCAGGCUACGAGAAGGAUCUGACAGACCCCAUCACCAAGGAGCGGCUGAGCUACAAGGAGGCCAUGGAGCGUUGCCGCAAAGACCCUCUCAGUGGCCUGCUGCUGCUCCCAGCCGUGCUAGAAGGCUACCGCUGCUACCGCGCGGCCUCCCCCACCCUGCCACGCUCCUGCGUGCGUUAAUGAGGGCUAUGCAGAGGGCAAGGGAGGAUGCAUGCACCCCCUGCCCCGGAGCAGCGUAACCCCCGCAGUGGGUCCUCCCUCUGUCCAUCCAUAUCUUGCUACUCAAUCAUUUGUGGUGUUGGGCUCUGUCCCCAAACUUGGGGAACUCCAUCGUUCCUCCCAACCCCCACCCCACACUUCUAAUAAAUGAUUUA